CGCCUUCCGCCGCACCCAACCGAUCCGAUCCCCUCCCCUCCCCUUCCCCCGCAACCACCGCCGAUCGCCCAAACCCUAGCAAGUAGCAACCCAAGCAAGCGGCGCCGCCGAUCGCCAUGGACUCGGACCAGGAAUCCUGCAGCGACGAUUGGGUCGUCCUCGACUCCUGCACCUCCUCCGACGACGACGACCGCGUCCUCGCGCUCUCCUCCGGCUGCGGCACCCCCUCCUCGGGCUCCGCCACCGACUCCGACUCCGACGACGACACCACCGACAUCCCCAACCCCAUCCUCGCCGCCGCGGCCGCAAUCGCCGCCACCGCCGCCGCCGACGACGCCGAGGGCGUCUACGCGCUCUCGGACGCCGAGGACGACGACGCCUACCCACCCCCCUCCCCGCCCCUCCCCAAGCCGCUCGCGGGCCUCUUCCACCACACGCUCGCCCGCUCCGUCAGCUACGUCGCCUUCGACCCCGUCCCCGGCGCCGCCGACGCCCACCACGGCGCCAAGCAGCUCGUCCCGGACCCCACCUUCUCCGCCCUCAUCAGCGGCGACGCCGGCGUCGCCGCGCUCGCCUCCAACCGCGGCCUCGUCUGCCUCCGCGGCGCCGCCCGCGGGGUCUACUACGUCGCCAACCCGCUCACCUUCACGGUCGCCCGCCUCCCCCGCCCCAACCUCGACCACUUCGCCAAGGGGGACCCCGCCGUCGUCAUCACCUUCGACCUCGACAACCGCGACGACUAGGAGGACGAGGAGAACUCAGCCACCGCCGCCGACGACGGCCGCCGAUUCUACCGCCACUACCACGUCGUCGUCGCGUUCCACCUCGGGGACGGCAUCUACGCCUUCGAUUCGUUCUCGUCGAGGACGUGGGGCUGGACCGUCGGCACCGGGAUCGUCGCCGCCGAGACCGUCGUGUCGUCCUCUGGGGUCGGCGCACUCGGGUGCGCGUUCUGGCGCACCACCAUGGGCUUCUUCCUCUGCUACGAGCCCGUCUCGGGAUGCGCGGACCUCGUCCCCGCGCCCAUGGAGGUGCUCCAGUGGCCCAACUGGGAGCUCGGCGAGAUGGAGGGCAAGCUCUGCGCCACCUGCAUCGGCGAGCGUGUCAGCGCCGUCGUCAUCAUCUGCCUCGACUUCGCGCGCCGCAACUCCGACGGCGCCGUCGCCUGGACUCUGGGCGGACACUUCGAGGGAGGCUGCCUCUGGGGACGCCAGGGCGUCAUGCUGCUUCGAUCGCAGGGUAAGGCCGAGGUCGUCAUGUGGGACCCCAGUGCCGAGAUGGUCGUCGCCAUGGACCUCGAAGGGCGCACCACGCGCACCAUCACGUUCAUCCCCCCAGGCACCGGAUACUGCGCAGAUUUCAUCCCCUACGUCAGCACAUUGGCCGCCGUCUCUGCAUCCGGUAAUGGGUCGCGUGCUGAGCCUAGGACUAAAUCUACUAAUGAGGCUGGAGCAGCGUAUAACGCUAAAUCUACUAAUAAAGCAGGUGAUGCUGAGACAUACUAGAGUUGCAACAGCUAAAUCUGUACCAAACCUGGAAUGAUUCUUUGAUACUAAGGAAUAAUGAAGCUUCCAGAUGUGUGCAGCGCAUAAGAGAAGCAAGAAGCAGCAUUCUUUGAAGCAGUUUUGCCUGCUAGUAUCUCUCAUGCAUCUUUUGCACUGUCUAGUUGUGGUAAAAACCACGUACUAGCUAGCUCUCUUAGUGUACAAAUGUAGGGUUAAGCCGGUCUGUCAAACAGUAAGUCCAAAACUGGUUUAGCUAGUAAAAACGCGGGUGGAACUAAUACGUCCUCUUGUGGUGUGACAGUUCGAACUACGACUUGGUUCUUUUUGAUGCGGUUGUUUCUGAUGUGUUUGCCUUUCCUAUUUGACUUUUUUUGUUUAUACUGCGCUGUGCCUAGUUCGUGCAGUAUUCUGCUAGUGUUGGCUAUUUUUGAACUCUCCUUUGCAGCUUCAAUCUGCUUGAGUUUUUGUGUUUUGUAGAGCAGGAGGAUGGCAUUGUCAAAUUAAAUUCGUUCAUUGAACUUUUUAGUACCACUAGAUUGGUGUACUUGGAAUUGUUGCUGUUUUAGAGAAUAUAAGAUGGGAGUGCAAGAUCUUUUGUUGGUUGCA